AUGCGGGACGGUGGCCUGGGAGGCAAAUUGGUGAAGAGAAUGAAACGAUUCGGUGAUACUUUAAACCCUGAUGACGCGUACCUAAGCUAUCAUGAUAUUCGAUUAACCAGAGGAGACAUGCAAUCUUUAAAAGAUGACUGGCUCACCGAUAAUGUAAUCUCUUUCUGGGAAGAAUAUCUCGAGCGGGAAUUCCUCUCCCAUUCCAAAUCCGCCAAUAUCGUUCUUCUGCGCCCCAGCAUGUCCUUUAUGAUUCUCCAGACGCCAGACCCUCGAACUCUCCGCGAGGCCCUACCGGACUUUUCCCGUACUACGCAUGUUUUCCUGCCGAUCAAUGAUUGUCGUAACGUCACCGAAGCCGAGGGCGGCACACACUGGUCAUUGCUGCUCGUAUCGAUCGUUGACGGCCUCGCUUUUCAUUAUGAUUCCCUGCCCCCUGGAAACUUCUGGGAGGCCCAGGCUGUGACGAUGAAGUUAGGAAAUUUGUUGAAUCGGAAUAUCCGAUACGUCCAUUUGGAAGACUCGCCCGUUCAGGAGAACGGGAGUGACUGUGGGGUGUUCGUCUGCUUGAGCAUGCGGUAUCUCUUGUUGAAGCGAUUAUUGACAGCGAAUACGAACGAGAAAGUCAGUUUGAGUCUAGGCGGAAGAAAGGUGGAUGCGAGAUCCGGCCGGAAAGAAAUCGCGCGGAUCAUUGAGGGGUUCAGGAAGGAGGGGGAGAGGCGAAGAUCGGCGAGUAUGAGCCCAAUGGGUCAUAGGUCGACAAGUCCGCCUAGGAUCGAGUGA